AUGUUAGCCGGUGGAUUAGCCGGCUCUUGUCAAAUCGUAAUCACAACUCCGAUGGAACUUUUGAAAAUUCAAAUGCAAGACGCGGGUCGCGUACAGGCAGCAAAUAAAGCCGCUGGAAAACCCGCGAUCAAGAUGUCCGCCUGGGGUCUCACCAAAGAUUUACUGAGGGAAAAGGGGAUAGUUGGAUUGUACAGGGGAACGGGAGCGACGGCACUUCGCGACGUUUCUUUCUCCAUAGUUUAUUUUCCUUUAUUCGCUCGACUUAACUCUCUGGGUCCGAGAAAGAGUUUAGGCUCCGAGGAGGCCGCUUUUUACUGGUCUUUUAUAUCUGGCUGUGUUUCCGGUUCGUUUUCAGCUCUUGCAGUCAAUCCUUUCGACGUCAUCAAAACUCGUUUGCAAUUAAUUAACAAAGCCGAAGGUGAAGCAACGUACAACGGAGUCAACGAGGGAGUGACUGCAUUUUUUAAGGGAGGCGCUUGCAGGAUGAUGGUCAUAGCUCCACUCUUUGGAAUCGCACAAAUGGUUUAUUAUUUAGGAAUCGCAGAAAAUUUGCUCGAAAUGAUUAGUCGUAAAAAUUAA